AUGGAUGAUGGUGGCAGUGUUGGUGGUAAGAAGAUGGAGGGGAAGGUGAAGGAAGAGGAGGAGGAAGAGAUGGGAAGGAGAGGAAGAGAGGGGGAGGUCAUGAUUAUGAUGAAGAUGGUCAUGGUGUUGCCUUUAAUGAUGCUGGAGAUGAUGAAAGUCAGUUUCGUAUAUAAGAGUGAGCAAGAGAUAGAUGGAGUGGUAUGCGACCCUCUGAAAGCUACCCAUACUAUUAGGAAUGUCACCAGCAAUGAGAUGUGUUUUUCCUUCUGGGAUGUCAAUGUUAGGAUGGAAUGGGAUACUACGUUAGAUAUAUCCAAUACACUGGAAGUUCUUUCGCCAGAUACAGUCAUCUCACACCAGCUCAUGAAAAGGGUGUGGCCAGCGACCCAACGAGACACGUGCUUCGUCUCCCAUCUCCGCAAACUAGACCUUAGCAUUCAAAACACACAAGAUGUUGGCUCCUGGCUCGUCAUCAACUUCUCCACAGAACAUCCCAAAGCGACAAGCAAAUGCAUAAGAGCUAAGGUCAACGUGAGCAUGCUCUGUCAGACGUUCCUUGAUCCACCCGAUAUACCUAAAGAGAAGGCAACGCGAGAAAACCUCGUCUGUAAGAUCUACUACGUCGCUCAUGCCAAUCCGGGUGGAUGGGUACCCGGAUCUGUACUGAGGACAGUCUACAAGAGAGAGUAUCCCAAGUUCCUUAGAAAGUUUUCCGCCUACGUCCAGGAGAAGUGCAAAGACAAGCCCAUCAGUUGGUAACAUUUGUCAUAGAGAGAGAUAGAGAGAUAAAGAAAGGGAAAAAAGAUCAGGGGGAGUGUUUCAUAAAAACAUCUUGUCAGUGAUUUUCACUGAUGAAUCUGCUCUGAACCAAUCAGAUGCAAGGAUUUCAGUAGCUUAUGGUUGAUAAUCAAUUAAAGUCACUAAUGUCUGUUGCCUUAAAGACGUUUCCACUUCUCCCUGCAUUUCCCAGAAGAUGAAGUUGGCCUGGUCUGACCAAUCAAGUCACUGUAAAAGGAGAAGUAAGGCCUACUGAUGACACCCUUUGUAACCUAUUAAAAUUCCAACUCUUACAAACCUUUGUGAAUGUAAAGUCUAUGUUCCCUGCCAUUGCAUGUGAUGUGACCUUAUGGGUCACGAAGUGAUGUUGCAAACAAUGAUGUGGAAAUGUAAUUCCACUGAAUAGGAAUGACCUUUCACGCAUUUGGCUCCCGAAUUGCAAGUUUUAAGAGUUUUUAUGAAUUAUAAGUUUCCUGUACCUAGGCUGAUGUACAAAGCUCAAAAAUUUCAAGUUUUUUUUUCAACAAGAUAGCCAUACCAUGCCCCAAAAUUUCAUGUUUUUUUCUCCCAAAGAACAAUGAUUUUUCUUUUCAAUGAGAGCUCAAAAAUGAUAUUUUCAUAGAGUCUCAAGAGAUUGUCUAAGAAUUGCCUUGUUAAUCGUUUUUUUUUUUUAAUGUAUGAUAAGUGUAUGUGUGUGGGUGUAGUCCUUGAAAAUACAAAUCUCAUGGAUGUCGGUUUAAUUUGGGAUCUGGUACAGGUUUUCACUUCUCUCAACUGGCGCCCAUGUGACCAAGCAUUAUUUUCAAAGCAGGUAUUGUAACUAUAGAACAUAGUUUUCAUUCUGACUUGUUUCAGAAAUAAACACCUCAAGUGCAUGUCCUUAUUACGCCCACAAACCCAAUUUGUAAUAAUAAAAUCAUUGUGAUAUCAGGAUUUGUUCCCACAACUUUCAAUCGCUUCUUUAAUAGGCUUGAAGCUUUUAAUAUGCAAUUAUUGAGAAAUAAUUGGUGCGAAUUGUCUGACCAUGUAUGCAUGAUACUUUUAUGAAAUGUUGCUGUGUUUUGUUUGUCGCCUCAUAUGUAAACAAGGCUCUAGUGUCCUUGCGUAGAACAGGUCUACGGAAGUAAGCCCUGUUAACAUUCAGAUAAUUUCAGUGCAUUUAUGUAACUCCCAACUAUUUCUAUUCUGGAUGGAUGACUACUAUUUUAUAUCAUUCAAACGUAUGAUGAGAACCUUCAAUUUUUCUCUUUUUGAAAAAAAUCAUAAUGGUAGCUCAAGAUAUUUCAAAUUUUCUUUAAAACUUUGGACAGGAUGAGUACGGUAUUGUCUAUUGAUAUCUGUUGGCUAUGUCAUAUAUUCUGAUCAUGCUUAUGCAAAUAUGCUUUCAGAAUGACUAGAAUAUGAAAAGCACCCCCCCCAAAAAAAAAAAAAAAGUGAAGAUUGUGCAUUAAAAAUGUGUUCUGAAAGUAUGAAUUGCUGUCAAGCAUGUGCAUAUUGUUACUUUACCUGGUGUUGUCUGAAGUGAUAUGGAAGUUCAUUUGGCUUUAAUACUGUUUUCAAUCCAUUCUCCAUAGGACACUUUUCUAGACAAUCAUUAUGAAAUAGCCCAGUGAUGGUCUCUCUCAAUGUAAUACCUAGUAUUUGAUUAUUCAGUGUUCAAAAGGUUAAAUAGAUGAAAGAGCAGUUUAUAUUAUCUUGAUGAAGAUGAGACAUCAUAAAAUAAUUUCAGCCUAUUUCACAUUUAGGUGUAUAGAAAACAGGUCAUUAGCCAAAAUACCAAUUGUCCACAUUUAAAGAGGGACAGUCCCUAAGUUUGGAGGAAAAGAAAUAGGGAAGAAAGAGAGAGAGUCGCCAGUUGUCUUUGUCAAUGACCUUGUAUUUUUUGUAAAAGUCUGUCUGCAAUUUUAGGUAAAGAGAAGAAAGGAAUGUCUCUUGAAAAUAUGCGAAUUUGAUGUUAGGAGUUGGUAAGUUUAGGGUCCAUGGUGCAAUCAGUGUUUGAAGGGAAUCACAUGAGACACCACCUGACCGUUGCCUUUUUUUUAGUGAGUUUGGAGCCCCAAUAUAGAACCUUGUUGGGUCAUGUCUUUUAUUAAUAUCAUUUCUAGUCUAGCAAACACAUCCUUGUCCUUUCAAGCAUAGAUAAAUGCUAUCUGUGUUUGCUGUUAAUGAUAACACCCUUUUUUAUGAUUCCAUUAACGAAGCAUUGUACUUGAUUUAUAAGAAUAUGGAAUCUCAUGCAAACAUUGAAAUGGCCAUCACGAUUGUGUUUCUGUGUUUAAAAAACUGAGCAAAUUCAUUUCUCAUUCUAGUUCAAGGCACAGAGUCCAAUAUCAUUAUUCAACAUAUUGGACAGGAAUUUGAAGAGGUCAAUCUCAUUACUAAAUUAUCCAUAUCACCAAGACACACAUCACUUGUUCCUUGGUAAUCCCCACACAUUCCCAUCUUACCCUUCCAUAAAUGUAUUGAUUCUUUUUUUUUAUGAGGGACAGUACCUAUAUUGGGAGAAAGAAAGCAGCAAAGUCAUAUUUUGUCCUUAUAUUUUUCCAAAAUUCUAUAUAUUUGAUGUACCUAUAUAGGAAUUCAUGGAAUGUAACUAUUGUGAAUUAUUCUCUGCUUUGGGCGCCUCAGUUUUGUAGGUCUUUAUGGUUGAUAAAUCUCCUGAAGACUGAAAAUGCGCCAUUUGUGUUGGACAAUAUUGACCAUUCAUGCAAAACUAGAAAAGAAAUUACAUGUGACAACA